UCAAGGUCUCCACCCUGGUUUUAAUAGAGAUCAAUUUCCAUUGAACAGAGGCAUCUACAUAACCCCUCUUCAAGAGAGACAUUUAAAUAAGCAAAGUUAAAUAUUUGGAGAUCAAACCCAAACAAAGCAUAUAGAUAAAAUGAGCAAACUUCCAAUGUUUAAAUAACAUUUGAAGACAAAAUUGUAAUCUAGGUUUUACGAAGCAUCUGCCGAAGAAAUAACAAACUGUUUAUAUUCCCAAUAUUAUGGUGUAUCCACAAGAGUCGCUGUGACCCACAGAGGCUCCAGAGGAAAACGUUUUGAUGGCUAACAAGCCCUCUUGGUUCCCUCCCAGUUUCUUCACAAAUGCAGGGCUUAAGAGUAACCAAGUUCCACCAGGGUGCCUGUCCCCACCCUCCCGCAAACCAAAAGAAAUAAUAAAAUCCUAUUUGGAAGGUGUGUUUGCAGGAGGAUCCGUUGCCGGCCUCACAAGCGUUCUGGGUCCCUGGUAGACUAAAACUUUUUUUCUUUUUUAUGUGAGCUUCCAUGGACAAUGGCUGACUUCAUCAAAUGUUUGCUGCCCACAAUUCCAGGUAUACCUAGAUAAAGGUGGGGUUAUAAAAGGGGAGGUCUCGUCUUAAUGUUCUCCCCUCCUCCGACCCAUAAAUGCUGUGCGUCUUCCAACCCUUCAAGACACCCCACAGGCAUUAAAUAUGGUCCCAGAGAAUCGCAGAGCCAUGGCCAACCUGACCACUGGCGCAAAGGAGGGGGUCCCCAACUGCCACCCCCUGCCCUCUGUUCACUUGAUAUGGUGAUCAGCCCAAGCCCUCUCUAAAGCCCAGUAUUCGAGUUCUGCUUUGUCUCAUCAUAUACUCCCCUUUCUCACCUCUAAGUGUGCAUGUGUGUCCGAGGUUGCACUUGGGAGAUGGGAGACACCCCUCACUGCCCAAAACCUGACCCCUUUGCAGACACAUUAAACUCAGAAUAAUCCCUUUAAAGAAAAAUUCUAACUUCCUCAUUUAUAAAUAAAUGUGGGGCAUUUCCUCCUAUACAUUUGGAUGGAGUUUACUAGCUCUGUGUGCACUGUGGUCCAAAUGAUGACCUGGAGUCCUAGAAAGGAGACACCCUAAUAAACAUUUAUUAUGUGCUAAGACUCAUUUAUGUAAUACCUAAUUAAGACGAAAGUUUUGCCAGGAGUAUGGGCAGGACAAGAGCAUAUGGUGGCUGAAAUCCUCUUGCUUUGUUACGCAAAAGGUAUAAAAUGUAAUAACUCCUAGCCAGCAGUUAAUGAAUCCCCGCUGGGAUUUUCCAGUGUGCACAAAGCCAAUGAGUGAAUGCUUGUGACCCAAAAAGUCCCAGCGGGGACUCAUUAACUGCCAGCUAGGAAUGAUGGGAUUUUAUGCCUUUUGCAUAAGGAAGAACCAAGACUUCUGCCAGUGAGUGCAUCCUAAGAGCUGGAAUUCCCAUUCAAAGGUAGAAAAGACCCAUUGAUCCUAACAUGGUCUAAACUCAAUCUACAUUUUACAGAUUAGCUUGGUUUGUGUGUGCGUGUGUGUGUGCGUGCGUGCGUGCGUGCGUGAGAGAGAUAUGGGUGAUCAAGAAAUAAACACACAAGUCAUUUGCAUGUCCUGUUUUCCAGCUCUGUACCUUUGAAGGCUCUGUGUACCUGGAAAUAAAAUUAUAGUAAGUGAAGAAAAUAAUGCAUUUUCCUUUGCAAGCCAUUUGACUCCCAAAAGGGUCUUCACAAGAUUGUUUCCUUUUGUCAAUUGACUUUAUAACAGAAAAGUUGAUAUAUUGGUUUCACAGACAAAAUACCUGCCGCCUCCUGUACCCAGUUUUAAAAAAGGAAUGUGCAGAUCACUGUCUCUGCAUCUAGUUAAGUAAUGGGAUUGUGAGAAUACAACUGACAGUGGAGGAGUGCAAUUUGUGUGGCUGAAGGCAAAUUUAGCAUUUAAUGUAUGGAUGUAGUAUUUUCCCCCACUCCAGCUGUAACUGAGGGCCAGAUGUUAUAUUACUGAGAACACGUCCUUGUAGGAGGAAAUGCAACCCCACUGCACCCUUCAAGACUUACAGAAAUGUCACAAAAAGAGCCAGGAUUGUCAAAUCCUGCUUGUGGGACCUCUUUCCUUCCUGUUACUUGGAAUUACUCAGUUUUCUCUGGAAAAUUGGCCUUUGAAGUCUUGGCAAUGCUUGUGAAAAAAAAAAAAGGAACAGCUUUCUGACAGGAGAGGGAUCAUCCUGGCAGGCCUCGUUGGCUUGAAGGGAAAGGCAGUGCACAUUUUGGAAGCCUCCCCUUGUUUUGGUGCCAAACAGUCAUCGUGAAGCAAGAGAGGUGUGGCGAAGGUCGUGAGCCCUCCAAACUUCCAGCAUGGGGCUUUCCACUCUCCGUGCGGGGAAGGCAAGGAGCAGGAGGAAGAAGACGCCGGCCUUUGGGCUAGCAAGCAGGGACGAGGAAGGGCGGAAGGAGACAUUGCUCUCUGACGGGACCGUUUUCGUCUGCCACCUACAAGAAGGGCCCGCCAGGACCUGCUGGGCGCUGUAUAUGGCUACUUCCCAGUAGGGAAAAGGAGCCUCAGUGCACAUGAAGGCGGUCUGCCAGCACAUGCGUUUCUCUCCUGGGGAAGAAGCAUCUUCAGCUGUCAAGUCGUCAGCUGUCGAGUGUGCAGAGAGCAUGUGGUCAACUAACCGUUUCAGGGAUCCAGCUUGGAAUUCAAGAGAUCCACCAGAAGGGAUGGAGAAGGACAGAACUGUACAGGAGAGUUCAGAACCACCUAACCAUGUGGCUGCUGUACACGCAGAGCUUCUCCGGAGCGGCAUGAGGCCCAGCAGAGCCAGAGAAAUCCCGCAUCCUUCAGCCUCCUCCUCCUCUUUGCAGAGCCUUUACCAUUUCCUCUUGGCCGUGUCCCUCAUGGGUCUCUCCACCAGCCAGCCACCCCAAUGCCAGAGGGAGCAGAUCAGUCUUCUCAGCAGCAUGAUCCAGCUCCUGGGCAAUUCCAGUGGCGACGGAGCACUCUACACCCCUCAGGAUAUCACCGUCUGCUACGCCGACAACCUGAAGUGCUUCUACCUGGAGCUGCAGGUGAUGCUGGAGGAGCAAGAAGAACACAAGGCGCUCCUCUCCCGGCUCAUUCUCCGUUUGGGGAAGAAGCGGCAGGCAGAGGGCUGGAUCCAGCGCUGCCCCACUUGUAAGCCUUGUGAGUCUCACCCGAGGAAGCCGAUGCUCGCUUUCCUCAAGAAACUCUGGGAGCUCUUCCGGUUCAGCUGCAUCACCUCCGACGGCCCCAGGAGGGGGGACUGUCCAUCACCCGCCCCGUGAAGAGACAUGCUGCCGGCUCGGCACCAAAAGAACAUCCUGCCUCCCAAAGCCUUGGGUCACAGUGGAGCCACAUGUCUGCCUCAGGCGGGGAACUGGGAGUUCAGCUGCCCCCGGCUGUCUCUCUGGGAUCCGUGCCCUCAUGGCCAGAGGCACCUGUUUGGCUUGGCCCGCAGGGCGACCGCGCUGUGGACCGAGGCACCGGGGCACAGCCACAAAGAAGACCAGGCAGUCUUGGGAGAAGUUAUGUUCCGGCCCUGAAGCAGCAGCAGCAACAAACCUGGCCCCCACCCAGGCCAUUCUGAAAGGAAACGCUCCUGGUAUUUGGCAUCCGACCUUCUUUGCCAGAUGAGACGAUGGAAGCAAAACAGGCUGGAGCCUGGAACCCAAAAGGCCUGGAAGCAGAACAUGGUCCUCCCCUCUCCCCUGCUCCCAGAGACUCCUCCUAACAGCAGUCGGUGCUGAGGAUCAGUGAAAGAAGAUCCAGUGGACUGUGGGAGAAAUCCCAACGAAUUAUUCUUUAGGGUCCU